GGCUAGUUAAAAGCUUUCAUAGGCAAUACCCCAAAUAACAUAUAUUUGACUAUCAUUAAAAACAAUUGCCCGAAAAUGUCUUCUAAUGAAAAUUGCCAAGGAAGUCGCCGCAUUUCUGAAAAUCGCCAUUGGAACAACAAAUGGCGCAGUUGUAAGGCCAUUCCCAGAUUGAAGAGCUUCUUCUACUUCUUCGAUUUGGAAAAAGGAUGCAGGAUAAUAGCGGGUUUUGAGGCUUUGGUGAGCGUGAUACAGAUAUGCAGUAUAUAUCGUGUAUCCAAUCAAUCAGUGCCAAGUUAUAUGUUACCUGAUCCCUUUUGGAUCACAAAAAUCGACAGGGAAGGAAUAAUCAAAAGAAGGUUGCUAUAUCAUACAAGUCAUCGCUUUUGCAUGGGACUCGGAUUGGUUACUGUUCUCAAUUCGCUGCUGUUGCUAAUUGGAAGCAAAUGGGGCCACCAGGCUUGCCUCUUUCUUUGGAUUUAUAUAACGGUAUUCACUACUCUCAUAUCGAAUAUAAAUAAUACCUUAAGGAACUCAAAUUUUGCACAAAAUUUUUUAAUAGUUCCGUCUUUGACUCUGGAGGGCUAUUUCACAUUAGUAGUUGCAUCAUUAAUUUGUAAAUUCAACGAGAAGCGAGAUGAGAGUAACUCAUACACCGAAAUGCACUCCUCAGACGGCAAAGAGCUCAGUUCUAUGGAGAAUACCGAACAGAUAUAAGCGGUUUUUUGUGAAAUUUA